GCUAAGAACUGGGAUUUCAAAAAUAGGAGCUGUACAAGUGGCGUUGAAGAAGGCGUCGUGUGUGCAGAUGAGCUCGAAGUCCGCGCUACCAUAAUAGUGCAUUGUCUUGAUCGGCUACCCGAGCCUGAUGAGGAGUUUCAUGCUGCACGGGCACGAGCCAAUCCCCAAUUUGGGGGGUCUCUCCAUUAUCGGCGGAUGGAUGUCCGCGACAGGGAUGGCAGCAACCAGGUAAUGUCUGCAAUCGCCGAAGACAAGAAUCGUCUGGAUGGCUUAGUGGUGGCAGCUGGGGUAAACCACGUCGGGGGUGCGACUGCUCACUCUGCCGCUGACAUUGAACGCGUAAUCAGCACCAAUUACAUUGGAGCUUUUACGUCUGCAACGGCUGCAGUAGCACAAAUGCUCAACAAGAAAACCCGCGGUUUCGAGUAUGAGUGGAUUGAUUACGAACCAAGGGAUGAUAUCGUCUAUAAUUUAUCGGCGGCCGCUAUGAUCCAACUCACUAGAAGCUUUACGAUGGAAUGGGGCAAGAUCGAUAAGGAAGGCAGAGGGGAAGCCAGUAAACUGCCUUAG